AUGAAUAUGUCAUAUUUAAUGUUAAAGACAUUAACUCUUUUUAUCGUUAUAGGUUAUAAAUAUUUUAACCUUUGUGAUAUAACAAUGUUCACAAUUAAGUAUAAAUCACAGGAAAAUGAAAACGAUGAUUCUAGUGAUAAAGGACUAGGACAUAAAAGUGGAGAAAGCAGUUGUUCUACCACUAUAUUUAAAAGAGAUUUGGUCACUUCUCAAAAUAUAAGAGACAUUCAAACAGUGGUAAAAGUGGUUCGUUCAGCAAAGAAUAAUUAUAAUGAUGGUGAAUUUCAAAGUAAAAUUUCUACAACAAGAUUAAAUAGAAAUUUAACAGGUUCAUCAUUUUCUUCACAUCUAGUUGAAACUAGUACAAAUCCAAUUCGUAUGAAAAGAAUGGCACCAUUGAGAGAUAGUGAGAAUAGUAGUGUGAAGCGUUUUAAAUUAAGCCAAGAGCUAAUUAAAUAUACUUUAAUUGAAACCAUGAAAACUUAUGGGGAAAGAAAUUUUAAUGAUAAAUUUAUUAUAGUCGAUUGCAGAUUUCCAUAUCAAUAUAAUGCAGGGCAUAUAAAAGGUGCUAUUAAUUUAUACGAUAUUAGCGAAGUACGAAACAUUUUCUUUCCUGCAAAUAUGAGAAAAUUUGCUCAAGUAAGAAGGAAAGUUCCAAUAUUUUAUUACACAUUAACAAAAGCGCCUGAAAUAAUAAGGAAGAUACGUGAAUAUGAUAGACAAAAAAAAGUUUAUGAAAAUAUUUAUUUAUUAGAUGGUGGAUAUGAAAAAUUUUAUGAAGAAGAAAAAUCUAAAGAAUUUUGUGAUCCCUAUGGGUACAUAGAACCAAAUUUCUUGUUGUACUUAAAAGAUAAAAAUGAGAUGAACAAAAAGAAAAUAAGAAAAGUAAAGCGAUUUUAUGAAUAA